UUGGCGAACAACACGUUUGUGGGCUAAAUAUUCGAAUGCGUGCUCGAUGAGUAUUUGAAAAAAAACAGUGGCAGAACGUGUCGCGUCGCUUCGCAUCAGAACGCAUCAAUUAUAUUGAUCGUGCCGUGGUAUAUCGCAUCGCAGAGCAACGCGUCGAAACGAAUCGAAUCAGAUCGGUGGUGCUCAAUGGUGGCGAUAUAUGAUUGCGCUUACAUAAAUACAUACAGAUGUGUGUAAAGAAUGAACUUCAAAAUCUUUGUGAUUGGAGGAGAAAAUAAACAAAACAAGAAAAGUCGGCGAUUGCGGGUGUUACAUCUUUUUGUUUUUGUAAUUUGGUAACUUAUUUACACGUGUUUGUUGUAUUUGUGUGCAUUUUUUACAAACUUUUCGUUGGAGCUGUUUGAUUGAUGAUUGAUGUUUGAUCGUUUGUGUUUUGUGAUGAAUGCUUUUUAGCAAUCGACAUAUGCGCUUUAACGGUGAAGCUGAACGGUGACAAUAACGCGGUUAAAAAAAAUACUUGAAGCAAAUAUAAUAUUUUAGGUUCUACGCACAAACUGCUUUAGCGUCAGUGUUGACCCUAGUAAAAUCAUUGAUCGUGUGAUCCUUUAUUUCCUCGAAGUUUUGUGCUGAUGAUCUGCUGGUUAUUUGCUGUUAAACUACAAAUUUAUUAACAGUGCUUGCCGCAUACGUUUAAUGCUCUGCCCCUAUGUAAGUGCAAAUGAUAUAUAUACAUACAUACGUACGUAAAUGAAAAGUGAAGUAUAAAUCAAACAUUUUUAACAAAUUAAAAGAAACACAAAGAAGUGUUAAUAAAAUUCCCUGCUGCUUGGCAAUUGAUCUUCGUAAGAGUGUGUCUUAAACCGGCUCGCAACUUGCAUAGAAACUAACGCACACAACGGCGGAUGGAAAGACAUAUUUGCUAAUUCAUUUACUUAUUGUAUAUGCAUACAUAGAUGUUUGCAAAAAGUGUUUAACAACAGUGGCAAUAAUUGCUAAAAUUCAUAAAGUUUAAGUGGAAACUGUGAGGGAAAUUCCCAGAAGUGGAGAGCAGAAAAAGAAGAGGAGCAAAAUUUAAGAAUAAACUAUUGAUUUGACCGUAAUUAGCAAAAAUUCAAAUGGAUCCAGAAAAUCAGUGCCCGCAAUACGGCGAAGUGAAUCAACUUGGUGGCGUAUUUGUGAAUGGACGUCCACUGCCGAAUGCCACGCGCAUGCGCAUUGUUGAGUUAGCGCGACUCGGUAUUCGCCCAUGCGAUAUAUCCCGCCAGCUACGUGUUAGUCACGGCUGUGUUUCCAAGAUACUUGCGCGCUACCACGAAACCGGCUCGAUUCUACCAGGCGCUAUAGGUGGCUCAAAACCCCGUGUGACUACGCCGAAAGUCGUUAACUAUAUACGUGAGCUGAAGCAGCGCGAUCCAGGCAUUUUCGCUUGGGAAAUACGCGAUCGCCUGCUCACCGAAGGAAUCUGUGAUAAGACAAAUGUGCCGAGCGUCAGCUCAAUUUCGCGUAUACUCCGCAAUAAACUCGGCACUAUUGGACAUCAUCAUCAUCAUCAUAGCUCUGCCGUGGUGGCGGCAAAUGGCACAAACUCCUCGCCACACCAUCAUUCACAUACUCACACACACACGCAUGCACAUCAUCAUCAUGCGCCGACGCAUAAUACAGGUGCCUCAGCGGUAGCUACAGCAGCACAUCAUCAACAUGCCGCCGCUGCUGCUGCGGUGCAUGCACAUCCUCAUCUGUAUAAUUCCAUUUAUCAGCCAUAUAGUGCGUAUAGUAUGAAAAGCGCUGUGUCGUGUGGUAGCCCUUCACCACCACAACCGCCACAAAGCACACACCAAUUGCGUACGGCGGCCGCCGCGGCAGCUGCAGCACAUUGUUGGCCUUCAUCACAUUCGGUGAGUGAUAUUUUGGCGCAUCAUCAAGCGGUCGCGUUACGCGCCAGCUGUCAGGUUAGCAACACAAUGGGCGGCUUGCCGUCAGGAUUGCCAAUGGCACCGUCACCGAUUGGCGCCGCUGUGGGCGCGGGCGCGCAACAGCUUAUCGGCGCUGAGGAUUGUGAUGGUAUGGCUAAUAGCGCGGCGGCAGCCACACAAGUGGCCGUAGCGGCGGCAGCGGCGUCGCAACAGCCCUACAACUAUUACAUGUACUUCCAGAAUACUGGCAUGCAUCACCAUCAUCAUGGCGGCAUGAUGGCGGCCGGUGCGACGGGUUUAUGAGAUUUUAAUUAAUGUUGUUAGUAAACUAAGUUAUGUAAAGAAAAUUUCACUCGUAUGGAAAAUUCAAUAAUUUAUAUAAUAUAAAUAUAAAUUAGCAGAGAUUAAGAUAUGGAUGAUCAAUGAGUUUUACUUUAUUAUAACUUUUAAGUAAACAAUUAAAUACUUUUUUACAUGCUUAUCCAGUGGAAGUAGAUUUAAAUUAUAAUUAUUUGUUAUUUAUAAGUUUAUGGGUGAUAUGCCAAUCAUAUUUUAGUUAGGAACAAACUAAAUUAAUAAAAAUAAAUUUAUUGAAAAUUGUAAGCACAAUACGAAACUACAGAAAUGGUAUAGAUAUGUAUGUGUACUGACUUUGAAAUACAGAUUCAGUCCUAUCUAUGAAUAGUUCAUAAACUUUCAAACCUACAAAAGAACUAUGUGUGGAUUAACGAAUUACUCGGGAAGCAGCGAAUUGAGUUGAUAUCAUCGGAUUGGCUUAAGCUCGCUAAAACAGCAGUUGGAGAGUGAAGGCGAGAGCUUUAGUAAACGGUGUAGUAAACUAAAUAUUAAUAGGAUUUAUUCCAUAAUUUUCCACUCCAUUAUUUGUAAUAAUUUUUUUUUACUUUUUUUUGACUAUUACAGAGUUGUUUUUUUCUUUUUUUUUGCAAAGUAAUUGGGAGUAAUACAGCUGCAUCGAUAGGUAGACGUGCUGUCUGCGAGACUCCAGCCUCGGGCCCGAUGGGCACUAACCGCUGACUGUUCUGCAUGAACAAACUGAAAGAGGCCUAAAGUCUCUAUAUGAUCUUAAAGGGAUGAAAUAAUUAAGCUUGCUAAGUAGGAAUCACCUUUUGAUAACACGACUGAGUCUGUGAGAUAAAAAAAUUAAUUCCUUAUUCCGUUCCAAUUUGCAGCUGCGGUAGUUGCUGUAAUAGAUCCGAUAGAUUUUAGGUGCUUGUUCUCCAAAGGGCCAAUUGUUCGUUAUUUUAGCUGUUAAUCCUUGUCCUGUCAUACUUGAAUCAAAUCUGUUUCGCUUUCUUACUGGUGGGCGUGCAUUUCUAUCUUUCCUAAGCUAUUUGUUCAAAUGCUCUCUCUCUCUAUCACUUCUUGCCGGCAUGGUAUUAUUCAUAACUACACUUCAAAUUCAUCAAAAGUAGUUUCCCACCUGGCAUUCAGCAAUACUGCCCGUUUGUCGGUGUGUAUGAUUGAUUUCUGUAUGCUUCAACAGUACCUUAAACGGACCUCUAAUCCCUUCCUUUACCUUCACCAGCGAAUGUUGCAUCGAAUGCUUUCAGCGCUGCAGUAUUUCCAUCUUUGAAUCGUUAUUUAAAUUUUGCAAUAAUAAAAUUGUAAUCUUUAUAAUUUUACUUCGAUAAGGAAACUCUAAUUUCCACAAAUUUCUGCAAAUGCAGCUAUCACUCCACCACAAUUGUAGUUAGGCAUCAUAAGUUACGAACUCAUCGAAAAAGAAGAGGAAGAGCGAACAAUAAAUAAUUGAAAUACAUAUACAUAAAGAAAGUAGUAAUUUUAACAUAAAAUAGAAUCAAUAGUAGCGAGAUGAGAAGAAGAAAAAUGCAGGCGGCAAUUCUGUGGUAAGAGUUGAAAGGAGAAAUUGCGAGACAGGUGUGCUCCUUCUCAGAUGAGCCACAAAAAAUUAUACAAAAAUUAGCUUAAAUGAGAAAAAAAUUCUUCUACAAAUGAUUUACUUAUUCAGAUGAAAAAAAGAAGAAAUAAUUAAACGUAAUAAGGACGCUGUCAACUAUGACGGAGAUACUUUACAUUAAAAGCAUUAGCACCAUCUUUCAAAAGUUCUUCACUUCUUCCUUGGGCAGCUUUGGAAAUAUCUUCUUUACAUUCCUUUGUAAUGGCCAAUUUUUCAUCUUGAUUUUGUAUUGUAUCAAAAUUUUAAUUAACAGUCAAAAUCUAAAAAAAAAAAUUUCGUUCCGACACGAAAUGCAGAAUAGUGCUUUAUGUGACGGUGUUUGAGCUAAUCACAUCCUUUCUGAGCCAUAUUCACAUACCUUUCAUGUAUGUGAAAUAGUACAUUAUCUUUGGUCCGAAGUAUGAUAGACCUAUUAAGCUGUAUACCGAUCAUGGCCGCUGUCAUCUGUUUGUACGCAAACUAGUCUCUCAGUUUUUGAGAUAUUCCGUUUGCCGGAAGCGUCCUGAUCAAAUCACCAUAGCCUGUAUUUGGAACAAUCGAAAUAUGAGAUUUUGAGUCUUAAUAAUAGUAUCAAAUACAUUCGUGUCUACAAGUAAAUAUUGCCACCUUAAGUCGUCGAAAUUGAAUAAAUUCAUCAGAAAGUCCCCAUACAACCGAUUUUUUCAAAUGUGAGUUUUUAUGCGAUUUCAAAAACAUCCAGAUACCAUGUUUCGUAAAAUAUUAUAAUGUUUUUAAAAUUUUGACAGCCGUAUUGUAUCCACCAUUUUGAAUUUUGUCAAAUCUGGCAAAAAAUGAAUAUGAUAACCCUAAAAUCACCUAGAUACCCAUUUCUAUAAAUUAAUAAUAAUUUUUCAAAGAGAUCAUGUCACUUUUCAUUUUUUUUAUUUUAUUUCUUCGUUUCGAAAAUUCAAACAAGCAGAUCUAUACCAACAUUCGUAUGUACAAUAUAUAAAAAUAAUUAAACUUAUUAUAUGUUUCUGCUUGUCCGUAUGUACAUAUAGAUAUGUAUAUGCUUAUAUAUAAUGUUAUUAAGUAUACUCAUAUAAAUAAAUAUCUAUAGAUAUUUUUUUAUUUUCUUAAAAUAAUAUAUUUAUUUGAAAUUUGUCGUAAGAAAUUACGCAAUAAUAUGUCGAUUACCUAAUCUUGCUUUCAAAAAUUAUCCAUUUGAUAUAAAACAAAUAUGUAGUUUCAAAAAUACCCUGUGCCUUAUAUCAAAUUUAUUAGUUAUGAUUUUAGCCUGGCAGAGGAUCAGUGAAAUAUUAUAUAAUAUGUAAAAUUUAGUAGUAAUGUAAGUGGCAAGCAAUAAAAAAUUCUUAAUAACCAUAAACGCAGUUUUUUUUUAAAUUUAGAUAUAACGAAAUGUGAGUUGCUUUGUAUAAUAGUUGAAGUAGGAGAAUCUAGUCGUAGUAAUCUUUCAGCGCUGUAUAAUUAAUUAACUGAUGAAAUAAGAGUUUCUUCGGUAGAUUAAUGACUUGCUCACUCAGCCAAGUAAAUAUAUAUAUCUGAAUGUUUUAUUAAAAUUCCUUCUAAUGAAGCAAUAAAAGUACAUUUGAUCUCAUGUCAUUUGUACCGAUACCUACUAGUUGUAUUAUUUAUUGAGCGCCUAAAAGUAGGCUUCAAAGCAAGAUUUCUCGCCCCGCGUUGAGAAACUGCAUACAUAUUUACGUGCGUGCGCUAAUGAGAAGUUGAUAAGAAAUAUAAUUACACAUUUUCUUUCACUUCAUCAACUUAAUCAUGCUUAUUUCUCUCACUUUUCAAUUAAUGAGAGUGUAAAAUUGAUAAAUUACUUCUAAUUUGUAUCUAACCAAUCAUAGUUAAAAUUCGCUGACGUUGUGUUAUCAGUAGAUUUAUUGUAAAUUUCCUAUUGGAGGCAGACAGCGAUGAAAUGCUACUGUUUUUAAAUACCUGUAGUUGAAG